GGCGGCCUUUUCCCGCGCAGGCGCACAGGGCGCUCGGCGCUGUGAGGAGGAGGAGGCGGCGGCGGCGGCGGCCAUGGCGCUGAACAGGAACCACUCGGAGGGCGGCGGCGUCAUCGUUAACAACAGCGAGAAUGUUUUGAUGACCUAUGAUCACAUAGAAAUUACCUUCAGUGAUAUCGAACCUAUGCCAGAUGCCUUCAAAGGGACCAAGAAAGGGAGUGUUUUCUUGACUCCUUACCGAGUUAUCUUUGUAUCGAAGGGAAAGGAUGCUAUGCAAUCUUUCAUGAUGCCCUUUUAUUUGUUGAAAGAUUGCGAGAUUAAGCAGCCUGUCUUUGGAGCAAAUUAUAUCAAGGGGACAGUGAAAGCAGAGGCAGGAGGUGGUUGGGAAGGAUCUGCCACGUUCAAGAUGACCUUUUCAGCUGGGGGUGCUAUCGAGUUUGGGCAGCGUAUGCUGCAGGUGGCAUCACAAGUUUCCAGAGGUGAAGUACCCAAUGGAGCUUAUGGCUAUUCCUAUAUGCCAAAUGGAUCCUAUGCAUUCGCACCAGCUGCAGCUAACGGGGUCUAUCCAUACCCACCACCUCCUCCUGAGUUUUAUCCUGGCCCUCCUGUGGUGGAUGGAGACAUGGGUUACAUGCAGCUUCCACCCCCGCCGUACCCAGGGCCCAUGGAACCCCCUGUCAGCGGUCCAGACCUGCCUCCCACUUCUGCAGCUGAAGCGAAGGCUGCCGAAGCCGCUGCCAGUGCUUACUACAGCCCAGUCAACCCACAUAACGUCUAUACACCCACGGACCAGCCACCCCCUCCUCCUUACUUCCCACCAGAGGACAAGAAAAACCAAUAAGCUAACACAGAACUUCUCCACAACUCAUUGCUUUCUUACUUCCCAUUUUGGCAGAAUCUUGGGGCAUGGUCCAUAGCACGGAGGAGUAGAACCUUCCCCCAGGGCAUGUAGUUUUCAUGGACUCUAGUGGUAAAUGUGCAGAGCAAGGGGAGAGAUUUCAGCAGCCUGGGUUACCUCGCAGAGCUCUGAGGGUUUCCUGCCCUGCUGCAGUAUUCCCUUCUUCCUGUGCACGGCAUCACUUGAACUGGAGGUUCUCUUCAUCUGUGAUUGUUUCCUUUGUCUGUUUCUUUUGACACUUUAAUUAUACCUCUUUAGAGUAAGCAGCUGCUCCAAACUGAUAAUUAACAUGCUCAUAACAUGGGAACAAGGCUCUUGGAGGGGUGGGGGAUGUCUUGUACUUAGUGUGCAGCCAAGAGCGUCUCUGGGUAUUCCACUCAACCCAGACUAUCACAUCCAACUUGUCCCUCUCCUACCAAGAAAGGGCUUCAAAAGGGAAGCUGUGGGAUCCCAAAGGAAAUAGAUACCGAUUACAUUUUUCAGAUAUCUAUUAAACUUCCUUGGUUUUCUUAGCUUAAGUCAUCCCUGACAAUGGUAGCAAAUAAUCUGGUAGCCCUCCAAAUUUUCGUGCUGUGAUGAUGCAGAUAAGCUUCCCUUCUUAAGAAAACACACUACUACUCGUUACAGGGUUGAUUAGUAGCAUCUAACUAGUUAUAGAUCAUAUGGGAACACUAAUUUUCUGUUGGUCUUUCUUUUUUUCCGGUUAGAUAUGUGGGCUUGAGAUCACUAAGUCCUGAAUAUUCUCUUUAUAGUCUACAAUGCACUUUUAUUUUCUUCGCUGUAACACAAAUUACACUUUUUGGCCAGUGAAGCAUCUUACUGCUGUGAUUUAACUGGUGAAUUAAUAGCUAAUAGGGAGAAAAGAGUUGCUUCUGCCCUGGAAGCACUUGAGAGAAUAUGCAAAAUGUUGAAAUAAGCUGUUAGGUACAACUGAGCUGCUCAUUGGAAUGUUGUUUAAUGCUGUUAAGUGUUCCUGGAUCCGCUGUGAAUUUACUUCCCAGUAACUUGAAUGUGGGUUCCUUGGACUGAGGAUUCAAGCGUUUUCCUUCUGUAGCAUUGAUUCAUUGAUCUCAUUAGCAAUGACUCUAGUGUGCAGAACCUCUGCGGGACUGAUCAGAAUCCAGGUUGUAAAACUUAGUGCCGUGCAAACCUUUGCACAGAUUGGACUUUGCUGAUGUCUGACAGCUGUGAGAGUGAAAACCCUUCCCAGCAAGUGUGAAGAAAGGUCGUGUGCUAGGAAACUGCCGAGACUUGCUGCAUGCAGCCUGCUUGGAGAGAAAAAUGGUCCACCUCUUGUUUUCUUUUUUUUGUCUAGCUAAUUAAUCUAAUUGCUACUGUCUGUGCACUGACUUUUCUAGAAUUGCUACUGCAGUGAUGUAAAGAAAUGGUUAUUUUAAAAAAUAUAUUUAUUUUGAAAAUGUUUGAUUAAUAUAUUAAUGUGAAAUGACUUUUGAAUGCAGAUUUGUUUUGCCAAGACUGUGAAGUAAAAAAAAAUCAGCUCAAAA